GGGAACGACUCGCAAACACCCGAAACGGAAUCAUUUCAAAUAAUAAAAUGCUUCGGCUGAGUCCCUUUUUAGCACAAAAAUGGCAUUUACAGAUACUGAGGUCCUGUCGGAAAUGGUCUUCCAAAGUGCCCGGACCCUCACCAGACCUGCCAGAUUACAAAACUAGUGUUGAUGUCCAUGAACACAAGCUGAGCAGGCCAGUGGCUAAGUCUAGUCAGCAAAAGGCGACCAAACGGUGGGAUGGGCUGCAUGGACUCAAAGAAAGGACAAAGGAUUCCUUGAUCCCAGUGACAUUAAAGGAAAUGGAGGAGUCAGAGGGAUUCCAAAUCACUGCAAAAGAGUUACAAGAGAUGGGUCAUGCAAAGCUGACUCGAGAUGAUAGAAAAAAACGUCAGAGAGCGCUUGACAACAUAGGAGUUCCUGAUUUUCUAGAAUAUUGGAGAAUUAAAGUAGCUGAGAAACAAUUAAAAAGCCCAACAGACACUUUUUGUAAGACUGAAAUCACCACACUGCAAGUGAAUGUUGGGCUAUACUGCAAUCAGGCAUGUAACCACUGCCAUGUGGAAUCAUCGCCAAAACGACAGGAGAUGAUGAGUCAAAAGGUUGCCAAGCAAUGCAUUCGUCUUCUAGCCAACAGUCCACAUGUUACUCUUCUGGAUUUGACAGGCGGUGCUCUUGUUAUAAUUCUAGGUGGUGCCCCAGAAUUGUGCAGUGAAUUCCGUUACCUGGCAACAGAAGGGAGGGCCCUAGCAAGAGACGUCAUUGUUCGCACAAACCUCACUUCACUUCUGGAGCCUGGCCAAGAAGACAUGGCACAAUUCUUCGCUUCUCUCGGUCUGAAUGUAGUAGCAUCGCUACCGUGCUAUAGUGCUAAGAACGUGAAUCUCCAGCGCGGCAAGGGAGUGUUUGACAAGAGCAUCCAGGCUCUACUCACGCUCAAUGAGCUCGGCUACGGCAAGCCAGAGUCUGGACUCAAGCUGGAUCUCGUGUACAAUCCACUUGGAGCAUUUUUGCCUCCCAAGCAAUCAGAUCUUGAGGCAAAGUACAGAGAGGAAUUGUGGGAUGUCUUUGGCAUCGUGUUCAAUGAGCUCUUCACAGUAACAAACAUGCCAAUAAAACGCUUUGCAGAUUUCCUUUAUAGAAGGGGUGAGCUAGAAGACUACAUGAACCUUCUUGUCCGCAACUACAAUGUGGACACCAUGGAGAAAGUUAUGUGUCGCAGUAUGCUCAGCAUUGACUGGAGUGGCAGACUGUAUGACUGUGACUUCAAUCAACAACUGGUUAUGCCUGUAACCUCUGCAGGAAAGGAGAGGACGGUGUUUGACAUCAGGUCAUGUGAUGAUCUCCAUGGUAACAAUAUCACCGUCGACAACCAUUGCUACGGCUGCACUGCUGGCAUGGGAUCCAGCUGACAGGGGGUUGUUGUCUAGAGUGAUCUCCGUUUCACUCGAGACAAAAAGAUUUAGUCUGAUUGUGUUAAUGCCCUUACAAAGAAGGCAGCUUAAUGCAAUCCAGAUUUCUUUUCUGUGCCCCUAGUAGGGUGGCAUAUAGCAGUUGAACUGUCCAUCAGUCAGUCAGUAAGUCAGUCUGUCCGUCUGUCCAUCCGAAAACUUCAAUGGCCAUAACUUUUUCAAUUUUGAACAUAGCAACUUGAUAUUUGGCAUGCACGUGCAUCGCAUAGAGCUGCACAUUUUGAGUGGUGAAAGGUCAAGGUCAAAUGUCAAAUAUAUGGCGUCUGUCUGUCCGUCUGAAAACUUUAACAUUGGUCAUACCUUUUUCAAUAUUGAAGAUAGCAACUUGAUAUUUGGCAUGCAUGUGUAUCUCAUGGAGCUGAACAUUUUGAGUGGUGAAAGGUGAAGGUCAAGGUCAUCCUUCAAGGUCAAAUGUCAAAUAUAUGGCGAAUGUCUGUCCGUCUGAAAGCUUUAACAUUAGCCAUAACUUUUUUAAUGUUAAAGAUAGCAACUUGAUAAUUGGCAUGAAUGUGUAUCUCAUGGAGCUGCACAUUUUGAGGGUGAAAGGUAAAGGUCAAAGUCAUCCUUCAAGGUCAAAGGUCAAAUAAAUGGCUUCAAAGCGGCGCAGUAGGGGCAUUGUGUUUCUGACAAACACAUCUCUUGUCUAUUAUUUAUCAUAUUUUUUUCUUUUUAGGGUUGCCAUGUCAAUAAGGAUUUUUAUGCUCCCCCAAAAUUUAUUUUGGGGGGAGCAUAUAGUCGCUGCUUCGUCUGUCUGUCCGCCUGUUUGUCCGUCCGUGCACAAUUUUUGUCCGGGCUAUUUCUCAGCAACUAAUGACCGGAAUUCAAUGAAACUUUAUGGGAAGCUUCACUACCAAGAAGUGGUAAUUUUCGGAUAAUUUUUCACAGAGUUAUGGCCUUUUGAAAUUUUCCAUUAACUGAACAUAUAGUGCAAUUCUUGUCCGGGCUAUUUCUCAGCAACUAAUGACCAGAAUUCAAUGAAACUUUAUGGGAAGCUUCACUACCAAGAGGAGAUUUGCAUAUUAUCAGCGGGUUCUGGUCGGAUGAUUUUUCACAGAGUUAUGGACCUUUGAAAUUUUUGAAAUUUUCCAUUAACUGUACAUAAAGUGCAAUUCUUGUCCGGGCUAUUUCUCAGCAACUAAUUACCGGAAUUCAAUGAAACUUUAUGGGAAGCUUCACUACUAAGAGGAGACAUGCAUAUUAUCAGCGGGUUCUCGUCGGAUGAUUUUUCACAGAGUUAUGGCCCUUUGAAAUUUUCUAUAAAAAAAUACUUGUCCCCCCAACUACUGUGCCCUCAAGACGUUUCCUUUUAUCUGAAUAUAUAGUGCAAUAUUGUGACAAAAAAAACUUUUGGGGAGCAUCACCCAUCUCCGACGGUUUCUUGUUUGUUUUAGUUUUGUUUUUCUUCAUACAUAUCAAUUGAUUUAACUGACCAUUUAAUAAACAUAUGUUGAUAAUAUUUGUGUUGGUUGCCAAUUCAAAAACAUGUGAAAAGAAACAAAAGGGAGACCAUUCAUUUCUAUAUUGGAACAAUCAACUCCACAGUUAUUGAUUUGCAAUUUUAGAGUAAAUACCAAUUUAAAAGGAAUGUCUUUAAAGUGUUUUGUCUGUUUUUAUUUGGCUUCCUUUUGAGGGAAAUACAUUCUUACUAUUAUUGAAAUAAUGUGGUAUAUUUUUAUUCAAUAUUUUUUUUAAGCAUAUUUUUAAUAAUUUGUAUUAAAUUUUAAUACGAAGUUUGUGUUUUUCAGCAUCAUAUCAAAUGCCGUGCAAAAAGAAACACAGAAACAUGACUACUAAAACAGUAUCUCUCUUGUCAUUGGCAACAUAAUUGUAAACACAUGCAUUAAUGAGGCUGUGUUCCGUAAUCAAUGAGUGGAACACAGCUGAUCUCUCGCGUUGUGUUUUAUGAACAGGAUAUAUGUUACUAUUUUGUUAUUAUUAUUGCUUAUAUCUUAUGUUAGGGGAAAUGAGUUAUUAUUGUUUUAUUAGUAUUGUUAUUAUCUUAUUUCAAUUGCAUAUAUUUACUUAUGUUGCAAUUAUUGUUAUAAUUGUUAUCUUGUUAAAAGUGUAUUUAUGUAAUUAUAUAUAUUUUUUGAAUGAAA